UGUGGCCACGCCUGGGGACCCACCGGGCUGGGGCAGAGAUGGGAGAUGGGCUUGAGUCCACCUGAGGGCUUUGUGCAGAUCCCUGAGCAACCCCUCUGGAGCUUUUCCCUUUGGGGGGGUUGGUGGCUGGGAAAGGUGAGUGCCUGGCCCCGGGUGGCAAAAGCUGCUUCCAGAACAUUCCAUGGGGCUGCCAUGGCCGGGGAGCUGCAGCACCAGGGCUGGGAUGAACUAAAUCCAGCCCAGCAGAGCCAAGGGAGGGAAUCACAGGAGCCACGCUGAGCGCUGUGGCAGCCCCUUGCUGAGGUGCUAUGGGGACAGGAUGGGGCUGCAGUGCCCUGCACUGGGACCUGGAACAGGUCCAUGAGGGUCCUGGGCUCAGAACCUGAAUGAAUUAACCCAGGAGAUGGGGAAGGCUGUACUGGCUCCAUCUGUGGGGCCGCAGCAGGAGACACAGGCAAGGAAGGGCUGGGAAUGCUGGAAACUCCUGCUCAGAGCCUGGCCUGCUCACAUCCAUGGCCUGAUGGGUUCCUUGCAGAGCUGCGCUGUCACCUUGGCCCCUCUGGCCCUGGAAUCCCCAUCCCCUGGAGCCAGGGCAGCCACAGAGCCUGGGAAUGACCCCCACAUGUCACUGCCAGGGUGGGCUCUGGUGACAGCAGCCUGUGAGUGACGGUGUGUGCAGCCAGCCUGGGGUAGGGGCUGGGGCAGAGGGGACCCUGGGGGGGCUGCAGCCCAUCCCCUGUGGGACCUCGGGAGAUGCUGAAUGCGGGAAGGAGCAGGUCUGGGGUCUGUUCAUGCUCGGUGACACUUGCUGGGGUGAAUCCAGCUCCUCUGUGGGGUGAAGGGGGCUGUGGGUGCUGCACAGCACCCAGCGAGUCUGACAGUGUCCCCCCUACAUGAAAGCUCCUUUUCUGCAGCCCCCAGCCCCGUGCAGCCUCCUGGCUCAGCUGCUGGGACGAUGCCAGCCAAGGGACUCUGCUGCUGCCCUCGGCCCCAGCUCAGCCCUGGCUGUGCUGCCCAUCCAGGCACAUCCCAGCCACGGGGACGUGUCCCAGGCUGAGCCCCGGUGACCUCAGCUUUGUCCCGGUGUCACAGAGGGGCCCCUGAGCUGCUGCUGCCUCUGCCCCGUGGGGCUGGGGCGCUUCUCAGGGACCCCAAAAGGGCGGAGGAGCCCAACACCCGACACUUGAGUGCCCCACACCCAAACCCCGGGAGCUGCCCCAGCCCCUGCCCAUCCCCGAAGCCCCGGGCCGGUGUCGGGAAGGGGCUCCCGCGGUGCCCCCGGCGUGGCCGGGCUGCAGACGGGCAAAGCCAGACGCUCAGCGGCGCUUUGAGGCGUUUUAUCGCGCAUGGGAAGAGCCGAGCUCAGCAGGUCCGGCGGCUGCUGCCCGGCGGGCGGGGGGAUCAAGGCUCUGGCCCCGAAACGCCCGGAGCGGGGCUGGCGGGGCUUUGUUGGCCAGGCCCGCCCCGGCUCUUGGCACGCGUUCGGCUGAUGCUUGCAAACUCCAAAUCUCCUCGCCACCAACCCGACAAAGCGGGUGACUCGAAUGUGACAGGUAAUGAAAUAACUCGGGCUUGGUGCUCGGGCAGACAAAGGCUGCGGCGGAUCAGCUGACCCUGGUUUUCAUUGGGGUUUAAUCCAGCAUUCUCGCUUUGAAUCAGGCUUUAACUAUUUUGUAAAUAGUUUUGGCACCUCUCUGCUGCGGCUCGGUAUAAAUUCCACCUCCCGGCCCCAGCCCGUCACUGGCUCAAGCGGGUACUGGUAUAACUGGUAAGACUUUGCUAUUUAUUGUCCUCUCUUUUGCCGUAGCCUCCUCCCGAUCCCCGGGGCCGGGGUCCCUUCCCGGUGCCAGCGGGGUGUGGGCAGGGCUGAGCCGGGGACAGUCCCGUCCCCGCAGCCCAAAGCAGGAUUUCCCCACCCGGCCACGGCUCCGCUUCUUUUUUUGUCAGGAAUGAGUUUUUCACUUGUUUUGGAGCUGCUCAGAUACUGAGGGUCCCUCUGGGCUUGAGGACGGGGCUCAUUCCAAGGGGUGGCAGUGCCAGGCCGAGUCGGGAGGGCUCGGCACAGGCUCCUCGGGGCUGGGGCUGGCGGAGGGAGCCCCAGAGCUUCUCUCCAUCGCCCCUUCGAACACCCGCGUGGGGCCGGGACUCUCAGCUGGACAGGGACAGCAGGAAAUCCUCGACCAAAGGGCCUGGGCUCCACUGGAAAUGAUUUAGAAAUUUCCUGGGCUCACAGCUGCCAGUGCUGGUCCCAAGGGCCAUUGCCUGUGCUGAGCCUGGGGAGGUUUGGGGUGCCGGUUUAUCACUGAGAACCCCAUCCUGAGCCCAUCCUGCUGCCAGCCCUGCUCCCAACACCCUCUUCCCUGGGCAAACUGCAGGGUACGGAUGGACACAGGGCAGGGACACAGGGCAGGGACACAGGGCAGGGACACAGGACAGGGACACGGGGCUCUGAGCACGGCCCCCAGUGUGUCCCCAGAGGCAGAUUUUAACGUGCUGAGUUUCCCUCCCAAGGCAGCAGACAACCCAGCUGAUGAUGGCUUCCGAGCACCAAAUGCCAGCCUCCAAGCAGCAGCAAGCCAGCUCCAAGAUUGCCAUCUUCGAGCAGGAGAACUUCCAGGGCCGCUGCCAUGAGCUCAGCGGGGCCUGCCCCAACCUGAAGGAAGCCGGCGUGGACAAAGUGGGCUCCAUCCUGGUGCACUCCGGACCCUGGGUGGGCUACGAGCAGGCAAGCUGCAAAGGGGAGCAGUUUGUGUUUGAGAAGGGGGAGUACCCCCGCUGGGACUCCUGGACCAACAGCCGGAGAAGCGACAGCAUCACUUCCCUGAGACCCAUCAAAGUGGUGAGAGCACCCAGACAGCCACUACCCACCCGCCAGACCAAGGACAGCCAGGAGCACAAGAUCGUGCUGUACGAAAACCCCAGCUUCACCGGCAAGAAGAUCGAAAUCAUAGACGACGAUGUGCCCAGCUUCCACGCACACGGCUACCAGGAGAAGGUCUCAUCCGUGCGGGUGCAGAGCGGCACGUGGGUGGGAUACCAGUACCCUGGCUACCGGGGCUACCAGUACCUGUUUGAAAAGGGGGACUACAAGGACAGCUCAGACUUCGGCGCUCAGCACCCCCAGAUCCAGUCGGUCAGGCGCAUCCGGGACAUGCAGUGGCACCAGCGCGGUGCCUACCACCCCACCAACUAAAGCCCCCGGCCCGUGCCGGGGCGCGGGGAGCGGAGCAAGCGUUCCCCCGGCCGCCGCUGAGCCCCCGCGGCCUCGCCUCCCGCCUCCCCCCGUGUGAUGCACGCGCUGCCGAAGCAACUCAA